AAGAAUACUUUGUAAAGCAAUCAACAAGAUGAAGUUCUUCGCAAUUGUCUCCGUCUUUGUGUUCGCUCUCUUGGUUCUCGCCAGUGCUAUUCCUCUCUCACCCGAUCAUGACAUUAUGAUGAAUGGACCCUGCACAGACUGUGUGAUUAUUUCGAGCCAUGAAAAAAAGACUCGAAAUGACCCAAAAGAAAGCAAUCCUGAAUAUUAUAUGAAACGUGAUUACUUUGGCAACAAAAUUGAUAGCCUUGAUUAAAUGGACAUGGAUCUAUAGAAGUGGCCUCAUCACAGAAUACAUAAAAAUGUUUCUUAAACUAUAUAUUCGAAAAAAAUAUAUUAAGAUGCAACUAAAAUAAAAAUAACAAAAUACUUGAAAUU